CGCGGGCUGGGCGGCCGCAGAGGUGAUCGCGCGCGGCCACAGGGACAGUGGGGUCCCCGCGCGGAGGAUCCGGAGCGCGGUGCGGGUCCUGGGCGGCCUGGUAGGGCCCCUUCUGCCCCGAGAAGGGUGUACGUCUCCAACCGCCAGGCGACAUGGGCCCGGGGCCCCGGUCGGCCGGAGCGGGGACAUCCCCGCAGCCACUGUCCCUGGCAGCGCGGCUCAGCUACGCCGUCGGCCACUUCCUCAACGACCUGUGCGCGUCCAUGUGGUUCACCUACCUGCUGCUCUACCUGCACUCGGUGCGCGCCUACAGCUCCCGCGGCGCCGGCCUGCUACUCCUGCUCGGCCAGGUGGCCGACGGGCUGUGCACGCCACUCGUGGGCUACGAGGCCGAUCGCGCCGCCGGCCACUGCGCCCGCUACGGCCCGCGCAAGGCCUGGCACCUGGUCGGCACCAUCUGUGUCCUGCUGUCCUUCCCGUUCAUCUUCAGCCCAUGCCUGGGUUGCGGGCCGGCCACGCCAGAGUGGGCCGCCCUGCUCUACUACGGGCCCUUCAUCGUCAUCUUCCAGUUUGGCUGGGCUGCCACGCAGAUCGCCCACCUGAGCCUCAUCCCGGUGCUGGUCACCAGUGACCACGAGAAGGUGGAGCUUACAGCCUCAGGUAUGCCUUCACCGUGGUGGCAAACAUCGCUGUCUUUGGUGCCGCCUGGCUCCUCCUGCACCUGCAGGGCUCCUCCCGAGCAGGGCCCGCUCAGGGCAGCAACGUGGGUGACCAGCUGGGGGUCCAGGAUGUGCCGUGUUCCGGACCCUGUCCUGUUGGUGGUGGGCGUGGGUGUCGUCUUCUCGCUGCUGUUCCAUCUGGGCACCAGGGAGGGGCGCCGGCAGCGCAUAGAGGAGCCGGAUGAACACAGUCCCCUGGUGGCCCCGGCCGCCAGGCCUCUGCUGCUCUGGAAACAUUGGCUUCGUGAGCCGGCUUUCUACCAGGUGGGCGUGCUGUACAUGACCACCAGGCUCAUGGUGAACCUGUCGCAGACCUACAUGGCCACGUACCUCACCCACUCCCUGCACCUGCCCAAGAAGUUCAUUGCCACCAUCCCCUUAGUGAUGUACCUCAGCGGCUUCUGCUCAUCCUUCCUCAUGAAGCCAGUCAACAGACGCAUUGGGAGGAACUUCGGACCUCUGCUGCACAGCCUGCGUGGGCUUCUACCACUGGGUGAUGGUGACCGUGACGGGUGGCGUGGGCAUUGCUGCUGCCCUGGCGCUCUGCAGCCUGUUCAUCUGGCCCAUUCGCGUUCGCACUCGGGACCCUGGAGACCGGCCCUGACCCCGCGGCCUCCUGCAGCCGUGCCAUGGACAUUGUUUACAUACUUUGCCCCCCGACCCCCCAGGAGCCCGCACCCCGCUUCCCGCCGGAUCCUCCCCUGGCUCGGAAUCGGUGGAUGCGGGCGCGGGCAACGGAGGGAACAGACACCGCUGGGCUGGUGUCCCCUGAUGAAGUUGACAUCCGGGGGAGGAGGGGUUCCCCCGGACUAAUCCAUUCCCAGCCCUCUGGACGACGGGGCGCCCCUCUCUGCAGUAGGGGCAGGGUGAGGGGUCCCCCAGGGUCUGGCCGAGCGCAGGCGGAGGGCAGCGGGCUGCUCGGGCCGAGGCUCACGAGGAGGAAUAAAGAGCCGCCUGGGCGGUGGGCGAGGACGGCUGCGGUGCUG